AAGAAUACUUGAAUAUAAAUAGAAUAAAGUAAAUAUAAUUGAAUGUAAGAAAGAAAAUUAGAGUAUUUGAAAUAUAAAUGGGAACUACUUCAAAAUAGGAAAUUGAAAGUUAUUGUAAAAGAUUUGAGAAUAGAAAAUAAUGGAAAAAUGAUAAUUUAGUUCGAUUGUUACAUUUUCAUGAAAAUAGUAAUUCAAUGAUGUGUGCUGAUGUGUCUUAAGCAAUAAUAAUAGGUGAAUAUUAUUAGAUGACUUUAAAUUCAGAGGCUGAAUAGAAGUAUUUAUAGAAUUGAAUAAGUUUUACUUAAUCAUUUAUGUUUAAUGAAUCAAGAUUAUGGUUGAUUACUUAUCAAAUAGUGAGUGCUUGUGCAUUUUUAGAAGAGAAAGGAUUAUAUCAUGGAGAUUUGAAGACUUAGACAAUAUAUUUGGAUGAUUCAGAGAAUAUAAAGUUGAUAGUAAUAAAAUUGAUUAAAAUGAAAGGAACAUAGUUUCUUACCUAAUCAUCCAGAUGCAUAUAGUAAGGCAUUUAUAUUAGAUGAAUUUCAUUUGUUGCCUCCUGAAUAAUUAGAUGAAUUAAAAUAAUCAAUUCCUAGUUCUUAAAUGAGUGGAGUGAAGUGUGAUGUAUUUACUUUGGGAUUGAUAUUAUUAGAAUUAGCUGCUUAAUAAUGUAAAUAUUAUUUAUAAUAUAUAUUAAGCUUCAUCUGCUUAUUAUAAUUGGUAGAAGAAAGUAAUUGAUAAAGAGUAGGUUUAGAGAAUGUGUGAUAUGUUAUUAUGUUUGGGUUAUUCGAGCAUAUUUUAAAAGUUGAUUUUGUAGAUGAUUAGUGAAUAUGAAAUAAGGCCAACAUUUAAAAUAAUAAGGGAUGGAUUAUAGAAUUUAGAGAAAGAUAUUUUGGGAGGCAUUUAAUUUUAUAAGAAUCAUAUUAAAUAAGAAAGGAUGAAAGAAGCUAAUAAAAAAUAGUUUCAAACAUUUGGAUAAAAAAUGUGA